GCGGCAGACAUGGACUCGCACUGCGACUGUGCCGAGCCUCCGGCCGCCGAGCAGCCGUCGGGAAAGAUUAACAAAACCGCCUUCAAAUUGUUCAAGAGGAGGAAAUCCGGGGGCACCAUGCCGAGCAUCUUCGGGGUGAGGAGCAAAGGUGGGGAGGGGAAGGGCGCGAGCAAGACGGGGAUGGUGCGGAGCAGGACGCACGAUGGCUUGGCCGACGCCGUGCUGGAGAGCGGCAAGAAGGACGACGGGGGCGGCGGGGAAGCGCGAGGGAAGGAUGCUCCGAGCAGGGCGGCCGGCGGCCUCGGCAGCUCGGCCGGCGGCUCGGUGGCCAAAUCGCACAGCUUCUUCUCCCUGCUGAGGAAGAACGGGAGGCCGGAGAACGGCAAGGCGGCGGAGAACGCGGAGCAGCGGGCUGGCGGCAGACAAAAGAAGGGGCUGAAAGGGAUCUUCAGCAGCAUGCGGUGGCACAGAAAGGACAAAAACGGCAAAGAGGAGAGGGGAGAAGCCUCAGAAAUCCCGUCCGGUCUUAUUAUGCCGGGGUCUCUGACUGCCAGCUUGGAGUGCAUCAAAGAGGAGACGCCGAAACCUUUGUCUGAAACUCCGAACGGCGCGGGAGACGCCGGUCCCGAGUCGCAGCGGGAGAAGCGCGGCGGGGACGCGUGUGGCUCGGCCGGGGAGCCCGAGGCGGGAGCUGGGGAGUCGUGGGACGGCAGAACUCCCCCCGGAGAGGACCCUGCUGCUGCUGCUGCUGGAAGGAGACUCGAGGAGCUCUGCGGUGAGCGACCGGACCCGGGCACAGGAGAGGUUGGGACUGCGAAGGAUGCGGCCAUAACAGGUGACGUUCCAAUAACGACUAUUCCCCCUGUUGAACCUCACUGUGAUAGCGGUCAAGAGACGGCAGCCGCCCCUGACCCUUCCUCUGUUGAUCCACCCUCAGAGCAGUCGAUUGAUCGUAUUUGUUUGAUGUUUGCUGACGUGACUUCACUGAAAAGCUUUGACUCUCUUACAGGCUGCGGAGAUAUUAUUGCGGACCAGGAGGAGGAUGUGGGCAGCGGGAGUGGCAGCUGCGAGAAGAGCACCCCCGGGGCCAGCAAGCUGGGCGCAUCCAAGAAGCACCCCACCAUGGUUGCCUAUCAAGGAGGAGGGGAGGAGAUGGCCAGCCCGGACCAGGUGGAUGAUACCUACCUGCAAGAGUUCUGGGAUAUGCUGUCACAGACAGAAGAGACCGAGACAGGAGGAAGAGGAGGAGGUGGAGGAGGGACAAAGACAGCCGAGGGCCUGAAGGAGAACCAAGGUACUGAGGGGGCCCAGAACAGAGUGGUGGUGAAACAUGGUGGCCUCAACCAGAUCCGCAUUCACCUCAACAACAAAGAGGAGCAGAAGGGCAGGGAGAAGGAACAGCACGAAGGUGUCCCAAAUAGUGAUGAGGGCUACUGGGAUUCCACCACCCCUGGUCCUGAAGAAGACAGCACUACAAGCAUCCAGAAGGAGACCCUUCCCAGGGACAGCUACAGCGGGGAUGCACUCUAUGACCUCUAUGCUGAGCCUGAUGAAAACCCACCAGGAGGACCUCCAGAAGAAGAGGUCACCUGUACGCCACGCUCCAAGCCUGUGUCUCCAAUAACGACCACGUGCUCACUGAAAACGCCCUCAAGCACAGUGAAGGACUCCAAAAUACCCAUCAGCAUUAAACACCUUGCAUCGCAUCCUGCUAGCCAUGGAACAGAUACCAGUAACAGCCAUCACGUUGCACACCAUCACCUGGCCAAAAGUGAAAUGCACAGAACAAAAAUCCCUGUCUCUAAAGUACUAGUACGCCGAGUCAGUAACAGGGGCUUAGCAGGGACGACGGUGAAAGCUGCCACAUACCAGGACAGUGCCAAAAAGUAAUUGAAGAGCAGGUGGACAUAAAGAUAGACAGCAGGAUCAGUAUGUGAAAAUCUGCAUAGGAGGCCACAAACAGUGUGUUAAUUUUGCAUUGCCUGAAGGGAGGAACCUGAAAGGCUUAUCUCACUAUACUAUGUCGGCCUGCACUUCUGAAUCUGUACGGCUGAAUACAAGAAGACAACUUUUCAAGCACUUUUUUUUUUUUUUUUUUUACAUUUGUAUCUUUUUUCUGCAGCACUAAGUACUGGGGAGGUUCAUUUUAACAUGCCUUUGUGAAAGCAGAACUUGGAUUAUGAACCUAAAUGAGUAUCUUCCCUCAUGCAAAGCAGUGCCACAUGUUCUUCAAGGGAGCAAGAGUUACGAAAGGAGCGACAUAAGAGGUUCCCCACUACACUUAUCUCUUAAUUGUUCCUGGGGAG